AGAGUCAGAUCCGAUCGCCGAGCCUACCAUUACAGAUCAAGCCCCCUUUACCCGACUUCCAAUUCCAUGCCUGCUGCCAUGCCAAUGUUGCGUCGCGUGCGGUCACGCACGGGCACAACGGCCGGCGUCGACGGCGAGGACCGCCUCAGCGCACUACCCGACGAUCUCAUCCGCCUCAUAGUACGCAGGCUGGACACCCGCACCGCGCUGUCCACCGCCGUCCUGGCCAGGCGUUGGGCGCACAUCCCCCGCGAUCUGCCGGAGCUCGACUUCAGGGUCAGCGAUGUGCUCCCGCCCGAGUACGACCGGACCGUCGCCCUCCGCCGGCGCAACAUGCCGCAUGACACGUUUCUGGCCGAGAUGCUGGACCGUCUCAUGGCACGCUGCGAAAUCGACACGAUCACGGCGUUCAUCGACGGCAUCACCGGAUUCUUGGAAGCGGGCGGUGGCCCUGCUGACGGCGACGCACGUCGGCGCGCCAAGACCCUGCGUCUGGAGUUCUUCCAGGCACACGAUGGCGGCUGCGUCGUCGACCGCCUGAUUGCCGCCGCGGUAGGCGCAUGGGGAGUGGAGGAUCUGGAGGUCGUUGCCAGGCAAGCUUCCUGCCAUGUCCUUCAAGGGCCGCAUACAAUGGACUUUGGGAUUGGGAGAUGGUCAGGCAGAGCAAGCAUGUUCUUGGAGCAAUGAUGAUGAAAUGGUGGUUAUGAGAAUAACCAAAUCUGGGUGCAGGCCUCUCGUUGAACUCAGCGUGGGAUGGUCUUCGCGGGGUUAGCGUUGCAUACUUGGGAGAGAUUCAGGAGGGAUCCUCGGCUUCACUAGCCAUGGUUUGAAUGCAACAUCCCCUAUAGGCCUUGGGUGGGAUCAAAGCAUGUCAUGACGCGGGGCAUUGGUAGCAUUACUAUCAAGAACACCGGCAUGGCAUUGAUUCUUGGUAUCUAUAAUGCACGCGGCACGCCAUGGUCGUCUUCGACCACAUUGCGGCCUCCACACAACCCCUCCAACCCUCCAAAGCGUGUCACCUCAAUGGUCGCCGUCGCCUCGUGCUCCAGCUCUCCCAUCCACUGCCAUAGGUCGCUGCCUCUGUCCCUCCAAAGAACAUCGCCUCUCUGGUUGCAGCCUCCUUGCCACGGCGACCAACGAUGGGGAGGAGGAGCUGGGCGAGGCAGGGAGGCCAAGGGCAAAGAGCUGUUGGAGCUUCAUUCGUAUAGAACGUGUUGUAGCCUUGUAGGUCAAGGGCUGGCUCCUUAACAUCUUGCGGGCCUAAAGUUAUGUUGUUGGUUGCUACAGGUCACCACAUCCACUUCCUAGGGCCGCAGACGGCAAUGGGAGGAGGUGGUGAGCGACAACGGGAGGCUAAGGUGAAAAUGAUGAGAAGCAGUGUCGCUUCGUCAAUUAUGAGAAAGGAAAAGUGUGGGUAGCUUGGAGGUAAGUCGUGGUUGGUUCUGAGUUUCACAUAUGUUGUUUAAUGGUAGAUCAUGAACUGUUAGACAAUACUCAGCUAGAUGUAGGUAUGGAUCGAGCUCUGAAUGUGAUGCGUAAUUAUUAGUCCAUGUUUUUGCUAAUCAGACCACAAGAAUUCACACUGUAAAUGUUGGUGAAGGCUUUAUUAAGUUUUGUGGGUUACUCAAAAUAGAGCCCAUGUUUUCUUGAUUGAUGCACAUUGGAAGAAUAUUAUUCAUACUGCCUGCUGAAUAACAAUUGGAUAUGCCAUUUUUCUUGAGAUAUUUCAUUUUCAUAGUGUGUAAAAUGAAAUUAUUCUCACCAUCUCAUUUCUCCCAGUUCAUAUACAUUUACUUCAAUGCCUUUUUUUGCCUUUCUUUAUCAGUCAUGUGCUUCCUUGAGUGGUGAGAUGAAGUUCACUAUGCCAUUAAAAUAUAUGCCUAUUUUUAGUUUGGAUACGAUAUAGUUGUCCUAUGCCUUUUUGCUAGGUUAAUUAGGACCAAUUUUCAUCAUAUGUUGUGGUAUGCAUUGAAGUGGGAUGUGCGUAAUGUUGUGCUUUUUCUAGGGAAGGCCGUUAUGUCUCUAUUCAUAUCAAUAAUAAUUACACUAUUUACGAUAUUACAUGGAAAAAAGUGAGGGGGUUCAUUGACACGAUUAUGAUGAUUUUUAUAAUAAAAACAAAAUAUAGCUAACUCUUGUAUCAUAUCAUUCGCUUCUCAAUGGUCGAUGAAAAGGCUAGAUACUCUGUCAUGAAGUUGUUUCACUAUCCAUCUAGAGGGACGACGAUGCAUGCAAUCAUUGCAUAACAGAAUACAAAUAGGUUGAGUCAUCAAUUCAAGUGAGAAGAACUUGUUUCAUGUGAUUUGUAGUGGACAAAAGCGGAAACAGAUUGUUUAUAUAAUAGCUAACUCAACAACACAAGUGCUACCUUAAUCAUUAUGGGCAUAUGAUACGAUUCUAGCUAUUUUUCUUUGUAUGGGUGAUUUUAAUCAUGGCGUGGGAGGGUUCAUAUGAGUGGAGCUGAAGCCAACAAGCAACAAGCAGCUUGUUGAUCCAAUUGUUAAGGAUGAUGGGACUCAACAAUUUGAUAAAAUUGAAGGGAACACCAAGUGAAUUUAGAGUGGGGUGACAACAUAGUGAAGUAACACAAUGAUCAAAGAGCUGAAGUUGAGGGUCUUGUGGUAGACCAUUUGUUGGCCCGUGGCAACGCACGGGCGUUCUACUAGUUAGGGAAGGUUGCGACUUGUGGAAGGAGUUAAUGAUGGUGAUUCCCCUGCAUGUGCUUCAUUUUUUUUGUGGUAGGC